AGGAAUGGGCGCACCUGCCCCACCCGAAACAGGGCGGUGCUCUCGCGCGUGCGCGCCUCUCCGGGAGCCUCGGGCACCGCCCCCGGGCGGGGAAAGGUGGGCGCGGAGGCGGGAAGCGCAAGGGCGCGCGGCGACGCUGGGUGGGCUGCACGGCUGAGUCCUGAACACCUCAGCUCCUCUGCCUUCCGCACCCGCUGACUCCGCGUGCCCCCUGCGCGCUGACAGAGCAUCCUUCAUCCCGGCGCGACCUUCCCGGGCGGCAGCGCAGGACAUCUGACCACAAAUCCAGAAACCCAUGCGCCCCCUCGGCCCGCGACGCCAGAGCGCCGUUACAGCGAGAUUGGGGCGACUUGCUUUUCUCCUCUCCGGAACUGCCGCUUCCCUCUCUCGUAAAGCCAGUUGUCAAGUUGGAAAAGCCGCUCCACCUCAUCUUUAAAAUAACCCCCUCCGGGGCGUGGCUGGCGUCCUCUAACCGCGCGGCCCUGGAGAGUUGGCCUUGGCUGGGAGUGACUCUCGUUUUGUGCCUGAGGAGAGCGAGGAAGAGUGUGAGGGCCGAGCAUCCUCGCGAAGAGAUGCCUUUAAAAAGUCAUCCAUAGCAUCAGUGGAAACAGCUUUGUGUUGCUUUGUUUUGUUUAUACCGAGUGGUUUUUCGGCGAAGUGCUGUUUUGGUUAAAAGAAGAAAUGGCCCCUCAGGAGUUCACCCGGCGACUGACCACAGUGAUCGCUCGUGUCGAUGAAAUUAUGCAGCAGGAAAUCAGGCCCUUGGUGGCAGUGGAUAUAAUUGAACAACUUCACAGACAAUUUGCCAUUCUUUCAGGAGGCCGAGGGAAAGAUGGUGCCCCCAUCAUCACUUUUCCAGAGUUUGUGGGGUUUAAACACAUCCCAGAUGAGGACUUUCUGAAUGUCAUGACCUACCUCACCAGCGUCCCCAGUGUGGAGGCUGCCAGCAUCGGAUUCGUCAUUGUUAUCGACAGACGAAGGGACAAGUGGAGCUCCGUAAAAGCAUCCUUGACACGAAUAGCUGUAGCAUUUCCAGGAAACUUGCAGCUUAUAUUCAUUCUUCGUCCAUCCUGCUUUAUCCAGAGGACAUUCACUGACAUUGGCAUUAAGUACUAUCGAGAUGAAUUUAAAAUGAAAGUGCCGAUCGUUAUGUUAAACUCCGUUUCUGACCUUCAUCACUACAUCGACAAAAGCCAACUGACAGAGGACUUAGGGGGAACUUUGGAAUAUCACCACAGUCAGUGGAUAAAUCAUCGAACUGCCAUUGAAAACUUUGCUCUGGCGUUGAAGAGCACUGCUCAGAUGCUCCAGACUUUUGGGGCCUGCCUAGCUGCAACAGAACUGCCCAGAAGCAUGUCAUCCUCUGAAGACCUUCUCAUGUCCCACACAAGGCAGCAGGGCAAGUUGCAGGAUGAGCUAAAAUUACUUGGAAAGCAAGGGACCACAUUGCUGUCAUGUAUUCAAGGACAAGCAACCAAAAGUCCCACCAGCAAACUCAGUCUCAAUGAAGCUGAGAAUGUAGCUACCAUGGAAAGGUUAUUAGUUCAGUUGAAUGAAACAGAAAAAGCCUUUAGUCAGUUCUGGUCUGCGCAUCACCUGAAGCUUAAUCAAUGCCUACAACUGCAGCACUUUGAACACAAUUUUUGUGAGGUUAAGCUUGCCCUGGACAACGUGUUGGCAGAGCAAGCGGAGUUUACAGACAUCGGAGACAGUGCGAUGCGUGUGGAGCAACUUCUUAAGGAAUACAAAAAACUGGAAGGAAAAGGCCAGGAGUCCUUGGAAAAGGCCCAGCUGCUUGCAGUAAUUGGGGACCAGCUCAUCCAAAGCCACCACUAUGCAGGGGACUCCAUCAGACCCCAGUGUGCAGAGCUCAGGCACCUCUGUGAUGACUUCAUCAAUGAAAACAAGAAAAAACAUGACAUUUUAGAAAAGUCCUUGGAGUUGCAUAGACAGUUGGACAAGGUCAGCCAGUGGUGUGAAGAAGGAAUCUACCUCUUGGCUUCCCAAGCUGUAGACAAGUGCCAGUCCCGAGAGGGGGUUGACAUUGCCUUGACUGACAUUGAGACAUUCCUGGGCACAGCGAAGGAGUACCAGUUGCCCAGCCCCAACGAGUUUUACAACCAGUAUGAGCUGAUGCUCACUCUUGAUGUAAAGGCCAAAGCCCAGAAAGUCCUGCAGAAGCUGGGUGAUGUGCAGGAAAUAUUUCACAAGAGGCAAAUGAGUCUGAUGAAACUGGCAGCCAGACAGACUCGCCCAGUGCAACCCGUGGCCCCGCGUCCUGAGUUCUCCCCAAAAUGGGUGUCACCAAAAAUCCGCCAGCCCUCCACCUUGGCUCCUCAUCAGAAAACAUCUGAGGAAUGUUAUGUGGAGACGGAUUUAAACUCUGUGGAAAAGGAAGAUGAUGAGACUAAAUUUGAAGUCAAGAAUGAAGAAAUACUUGAAAGCAGUCAUGAUGGGGAGAACCCUGAGCCAGAGCAGCUUGACAGUUCCAAAAAUCUCUCCCCCAGCAGGCGCAUUAUACGUGACUUGCUUGAGACGGAAGAGACUUAUAUAAAAGAGAUUAAAAACAUAAUUGACGGAUAUAUCAUUCCAAUGGAUUUUAUUUGGCUGAAGCAUCUAAUUCCAGAUGUUCUUCGGAAUAACAAGGAAUUUCUCUUUGGGAAUAUUAGAGAACUUUAUGAAUUUCACAACAGGACUUUUCUAAAAGAAUUGGAAAAAUGCACUGAAAACCCUGAACUUCUGGCACGUUGCUUUCUCAAGAGAAAAGAAGACCUUCAAAUAUAUUUUAAAUAUCAUAAGAAUCUGCCCCGAGCCAGGGCAAUCUGGCAAGAAUGUCAAGACUGCACCUACUUUGGGGUAUGCCAGCGUCAACUGGGUCACAGUCUCCCUCUUUUUAAGUAUCUGAGAGGACCAAGCCAGAGACUUACGAAGUACCAGAUGUUGUUGAAGGGUCUGCUGGAUUUUGAGUCACCUGAGGAUUUGGAGAUGGACCCAGGUGAUCUAGAAGGAGGUUUGGCUAAGAAUGGGCCAGAGAGGACCAAGGAUUCAGCCUUCUCAGACGACCUACAACAAGCUUUGGCCAUGAUGGAGGAUUUGAUCAAGUCCUGUGAGUUGGCUGUGGACCUGGCAGCAGUCACCGGAUGUCCGGAUGAUAUCAGAAAACUGGGCAAGCUGUUGAUGCAUGGCUCUUUCAACGUCUGGACAGUUCACAAGGAGCGUUAUAAGAUGAAGGAUUUAAUUCGAUUUAAGCCCAGCCAGAGGCAAAUCUAUCUAUUUGAACAGGGAAUAGUGUUCUGUAAGAUACGAAUGGAGCCCAGUGACCAGGGCCUGUCUCCUCACUACAGCUUUAAGAAGUCUAUGAAGUUAAUGACACUUUCAAUUCGCCAACUUGGAAGGGGGAGCAACAGAAAGUUUGAAAUUGCCAACCAAAAUGGACUUGAGAAAUACAUCCUACAGGCAGCUUCAAAAGAAACCAGAGAUUGUUGGUUUUCAGAAAUAAGUAAAUUAUUGCUGGAACAACAAAACAACAUUAAAGGCCAAGGGAAUAUACAGUUUGAAGCAAGCACUAGCAAAGGCAAUGAAGUGGAAUUUGCACCCUGGAUUGAAAAUAUGGAAAGAGCUACCAGUAGCAAGGAAGUCUCAGUCCCUAGCACAUGUCAGAUUAAAGGUUGCUCCAGCAGGGAGUUUAUCUCCAUGGAAACCUUUGACAAUUGUGAAGGUGCAGAAGAUACGGAAAAGGAGAGCAGUGCUCUGAGUCUGUCGGGGCUUUGCCAGUUGGACGACAGUUAUGAAACCUCCAAGUCUGUUCAGGAAACGGGAGAAAGCAUCCAGGGAGAGAAAGAGGGCGGCGAAGAGGACACGGCCACAAACAAAACUGAGGAGAGCCCUGGGAUGUCCGCUGGCUCGCUCGACCCCAGUGGGGAGACCGGUUUUCGAGCAGAGGCAGUGCGGGCGCGGGAAGGGGGCCUGAGGCCGCCCUCCGCAGAGAACUGACACUCGUCCCAGACAACCCAGCCUCCCCGGCCUCCUGCAUUCCCAGGAGCCGCUGCUGUGGAUGCAGAGACCUGCCCGCCCUUAAGUAGAAGCAGCAAAGGGGCCUUGGAACCUGGAGAUCCGCUGCCCUGCCCGGGGGCAACAGGACCAUCUUGCCGGAGCCUAAGGAGCGGUCGCCAUCCGCCCGCGCAGCCCACCCCUCCCGGUGCAGCGCCGCUCGCAGACCCCGUGGAGAACCUGCAGGUGCUGACGCACUCCUGCGCAGGGACUUGGCGCAGAGCCCGUGGAGAACCUUGCGCCAUUAGAGUCACGCCUGCGCAAGCGCAGCCGGCUUGGUUGCGGACCCCGCGGAGAACCUCGAGCUGCUCGGCACACGCGCCUUUUGGAGGUUAGCAUAAUCCAGUGUUGGAGAGCUGAGCGCAGGGUUUCUCAAUGUCGGCACUUUUGACUUUGCAGGCUGGAUACUUCGUUGUUGGUACUUCUUGUGCCUUGUAGGAUGUUUGGGAGCAUCUCUGGCCUCUGCCCACUAGAUGCCUGUAACACCCCCCCAUCCACUCACCCAAAUUAUGACAAUCAAAAAUGCCUUCAGACAUUGCCAAAUUUCUGCUGGGGUGGAAGUGGGGAGCUAGGUUGAGCACCUCAGAUCAGAGCUGCUCAGACUCCACAUGGCAGCCCUGUGUUCACCUCCCUUAAUCCCCACAGGAAUGUUAAUGUGAUACUUUUGUUACUUUGUUCCAGGAUUGUUUCCUUUUAGCGAGGGUUGGUUACAGGUUAACUUCUUACGUUUAGACUCGUUAGUUUUUAGUUUCAGUUAUCUUCGGUUAUUUAUUUUUAGUUUUAUUAGUUAAUUUUCAUUUGUUUUUAGUUUUCUGGUUAUUUAAUCUUAUAGCUUUAAAGUUAGCUGUUUAUAAUUAUUUUGUCUUUAAAGUUACUUAGUUUUUGAGUUAUUUAUUUUCAGUUAUUUAUAGUUACUUUGUUUUAAUAGUUAUAUAUUUCCAAAUUAGCUUUAGAAUUAUUCAUUUUUAAUUAUCUGUCUUUUCAGUUGUUAAUAUCUGAGUUAUUUAUUUUCAUGGUUAUUCUAUUAUUAGUUAUUGGCAUUUUUGAAUUAUUUAUUUUACAGUUACUUAUUUGAAUAGUAAAAACUCACUGGAAGUUUUUGAAUUCCUUUAUUUUCAGAAUGAAAUAGCUGUCUUAA